UAAUGGUCUAUGGAACACAAAGUUGGUGGAUAGUGAAGCUCAUUAUCAGAGGCAACAGCAAUUUAAGGAAAAACAGAAAUUAAAUUAGUUAAAUUCUCCGUUCUCCGUUAUUAGCAUAAUCUUUAUCAAUUUGUGUUUGGCUCUUCCUACAUUUACUGUUUCUCGACUAACUGUUUUGUAGAGCAUUCAGCUUUAUAUAAAGUUCAAAUGUCAGAAUUAAAAUAAUUGAAAUUUGAACAUCUACAGACACACAUGAAUAUAAUAUCAAACAUAGAUUUAAAUUUUCAAUUAUCUGCAAUUUAGGAAAAUCUAGAUUGUUGAGAUGUUUGCUGUGGGAAUGUCAUAAUAACUAGCAGUUAUUAUUAUGAUUAUUGGUACUAAUUGUACCAAAACUGGUAUUCAACUUCCCAAGCAGAAAAUUUAAUGUUGCCUCUUCAGCUGCCCACAAAAUCAGAUGAGUGUUUGAAUACUUAAUUCAUGCCUCUAGUAAAUAUGGAAAUUGCAACCGUAGGUGGAAAAUGUAACUUUUUAAGUAGCUUUCAUCUUUUUGAGCAGCAAAGGUGCUAUUACACUUUCCAACCACACUGGAUACACUCAUAAAGGUUUGGUUUAUUGUAUGACUAAGAGGAGAAAGCAGAGACCUAGCGUUGCAGAGCCUUACCAAGCUUCUAAAUAUUGUGCAUUAAUCAGGCUGAAUUUAGUGACCCGUGGAAAAUCUCCUGCUGCCUUGAAUUGAUUUAAAAUGUCAGACAGCUCAUAGAAAGGAGGGUUAUGAACACUUUAGCCUGCCCUGAACUUCUGAUGAAGUAAUUACUUUGGUUUAUUAGGAUCUCUCUCUACUUCGUAUGCAACAAGAUUUUAGGAGUCAGAUGACCUAAACCACUUUAACAAGGCGGUAACAUAAAGGUGGAAGUGAUUCGUCUGCGCCGUUUGUGUGCCACCUGCUCCCCAGUGUGGGUGUUGACAUGACAAUCUAUGCACCUGCUUUAAUAACAUUUACAAACUCAGUAAAAUUGGUUAAUCAAGCCAAAGAGCUGGUAAAAACAUGACCGGUGGCUCUGGAAGACAGUGCGGUGUCUUCUUAUUGAGUCCAUAAUUCACCUGUGUGUCCCUGUUGAUUUAUGCCAGCGAGAGCGGAUGUGACUCUGCAUGUAGCUGACGACUGUCAGCAAACAAAAGUGUGUGCGCGUGUGCCGUGCCAGUCAGGUGGACCCAGCUGCAAGUAUAUAAAACAGCUGGGGCCACUGCGCAUUCAGAACUCUUCACCAGAGGACCUGUGUGCAAAUCAGAACCACUUCCCACAACAGCAUCAGACAGUAAUGAAGUGCAGCCAUCUCUUCUCCUGGGCCUUUGUACUUGUGGCCUCUGCCACCCUGCUGGCCCACCCUAUCACAGAAUCGGCUGAGAUGCCCUAUCCAGGACCAGCGUCAGCGGAGGAUCGCAUUAUCGUAACGCUGGAUGACGAGUCUCUUCCUGAGCAAAUGUUUAUUCCUCAGGACGGUGCAGCUCUCCGAUAUUCCACUUUUACAUCUGGGGAAGUUAACAGAGACGGUGUCAGGACGACAAAUCUGGUGCCAAGAGGAGUCAAGAGAGAGGUCUUAUUAGAGAAACAAAAUCUUCUGAAACCUUACAGUCGCUUGCUGGGCAUCCGUAAGCAGUUAAGGAAGAGAAAUGGAAAUUCUGAGUGUUUCUGGAAGUACUGCGUCUAAAAACCAAGCUAAUUGGAUAUCUGCCUUACAAGAAGCAGUGCUUAAUACUGAGGAAAACAUAUGCUUGAUACACUUUUCAAGGGCAGACAAAGCAAACAUCACACUCCAUGCAUGCAUACAUUACAUGUUUCCAAGGUUCAAACCUUUACUUUCAGUUGAUUUACUGUCAGAUUUACUUUUAAACUGUGGAAAGUCAUGUUAAGAUCUGUGUAUGUAUUCAAAAUGAUUUGAGAUGUAAAAAUCAAAUGCUACAACGAAUAAAAAUAAAAGAAAAGUGUCAAAUAUGUUAUUUCUCUGCAGUUGUUUUUAACUGAAAUGUACUGGUAGGAAAGUGGGAGAAUAACAAUAAAAGUAAAGGACGAAGCAAAAAGACAUGGAAGAAUAGGUUCUCAAGUUUUCUUCAUUUUCUCCUUUUUUUAUUAUUUUACAGCAGAAAGAAUAUAAAGCAUUCAGAAAACAUCUUCCAUAUUUUAAGGGCAAUUCAAAAUGUUUUGCAUGGCUUCAGCAGCAGAAAUCUCUUUUUUUUUUAAACAUAUCCAUUGAGUCAGUGACGCUUGUACAUGCACAAUUACAAAAAUAAAACUUACAAACAAGAAAAGGGAAGAAAAAGGAGGAAAGCAUAACACAUUAGGAGAACCGAGAGGAGAUGGACAUUUUUUCUAAGGGCAGGGAGAGGAGAAAACUCGGGUCACAUAACAGGGAAAGACAGAGAGAAAGACAGCUAUAGAGGAGAGGAAAAGAGAUCUAACACUAGUUCACAUGCAAAGUGUCGAGAACCCAUGACUUUCUAUCAAAGCAGGGCUAUUUUUUCUUCUCUUCAGUUUGGAAUUGAUGAAAACGUGCAAUUGGGUAAAGGGUGCCAUAUAAUUGCUGUCAAUAAACUACUGAAUGCUUGUCUUGCAAUACUGGCAUUUGCAUAAAGAGUAAGUCGACUACACGUGUCCAGUCAUUUUUAAACUUUGCUAGGCCUGGUAGGGCUCCACAAAAUAAUUUCUUUAUUGCUGUGUCAACACGUGGAUCAUACUGCUGAACUGGUUUCUGUUCUGUUGCCCUGAUGCGCCUACCUUUCUGCGGUUUGGGUGCUUCGGAAAAAGGAAGAGGAGGAAAGGCAGAUUCUCAGGUCAAUUUGCAGAACAUCUUAGAACUGAUAAACGCUGUGUGCUAAACAAGUGUGCCUGUCACUCCACCCUCGAGAAAUGGCAGUAAAAAACAAGAUUUGUAGUUGCAGUUUUCAUAGAACUACACCUAAUCUUAAAUACCCUCUACAGUUUGACACCUAAAUAAAUUAAAGGCCUAAAGAGUAAUGCAGAUCUUCAUAAAAGUCAUUCAUCUCCAAGAGCUACAUAGGGUUGGAGUCCAUUUCAGGGUUCCACCUGUUCAAGGUUAGUAAGACGAAAUUUAUUGUAUUAAUUUACUUUAAACAUUGUACAAUGAAACCUUCAGUUCCAUGUGUUUUAACCAUUUGUGUUUUCGGGUUUUAGCUUCCUCUGACGUGAAAUGCAUGUCCUGCUCUGUUUCCUCCUCCCCAUUUUGGCACCCUGAGUAAAAUACAAAAGGGAGGUCAACCAACGCUAAAUGCUUAUGUGUCCAUCUGUCCUAGAAGUGAGUUUGGUGGUACACUGACUGAGUCUAAAUGAACAAUAAAAGCAAAAGAAACAUCUAAGAAACUUGUUGCGAAAUAUAAGUCUGUCCUCAUGCUCUGCCAUGAAAACAUCCGUAGCUACCAAGUGCUGAUCAUUGGCUUCGUUUGCAGGUUUUGUCUCCCCUACAAUCACAUUUCUCCCCUCUAUGAUACACCAAACCAGCUGCUUACUGUUUUGCAAACAUUAUGUCUUUAUCAAGUCUAUCUGACUACCAGUCCAAAGAAAAUAAGCAUGCUUUAGGUGCAGCUCAGUCACCCAGUUAACUAUUUACCAUGCAAGCAUUAUAAAUCCUUCUCCCACUUUUUUCCCCCCAAAACAUUGCAUUGGCUAUGCAUUCUGACCACAAACAGGAGGAUGAGCGCAAGGCAGCAAACCCCGAUCGUGGCGUUUCUAAAAAAGUCAAGCUGUUCCAGUAGAAAAUGGAAGAGGCAGAAAAAUGAAAAUAAAGCCGUAACGCGGACAAGCUGGAGCGCUCCACUUCUACUGUGCAGAGGAGUGAGUGUAAUGGUGCGAUUGUGUGACGUACUCCCUCAAGAUCAGGUACACUGAAUGCAUUCUGCAACAGGUGUUAUGAGGACAUGAAUAGGCACUUUCUACAUAAACAUUGCAAAUAAAGUUUACACAUCAGGUGAUUUGGAAAACAGCACGACAACAACCAGUUGUUCCAGAACAUCAGAGAAAUAUCUAUAGAUCCUAAUGAUGUUAAAAAUAAAUAAAUGAAAAUCAAGUUUUUCAGUGGCACUUGGCUGAAUUUUCACAUGUUUGGAUACAGAGUACACUUUCUGGCAGAAUAAGAAUUAGACAGCAGCCAAUAGGCACCUAAAAGGCUCUAAUUAUUUUCCUAAGCAUCCUAUGUUGUUUUGAUAUUGUCCAGUGUGUCACAAGAGAGGCUAGUGCUAUAAUUUACACAUAAAUAUAUUACAGUCAUGUUUAGCUUAUUGACUUUUCAUGGACACGUCUGAGAUCAUCCAGUGUUUCCUAGAAUCACAUGAGCAUCUUUGACAGUUUAUUUUGUAGUUUUUCCAACUCCAGCUUUUGUUUAAUACAUCCUUCUCAUAAACUUUCACUCGACCUCGUUUAAAAGCCAUGUUUGCGUGACGUAAAAAAAUUAGACCAUGCUGCAUAUUUCUAAACUUCCCCAUCCUCUAAUGUAACCCAUCUUUUGUAAAAUUCAACUGAAAAACAGUUUUGCAACGUUAUUGUUAAAAAAA